AUGAAUUUCCUUCAAACUCUGGGCUAUCGACUCUCCCUGCCAGCCAAUGAUGCUGCACAGUGCAGCUUAGCCCCACUGACAAGAGAGCUGGCGGGAGAGCACUGGGAGGCAAUGUUCAACGAACUUGUAAGGUACAAGCAGAAUCAUGGGCACUGUGUUGUGCACAAGUCAAACGACACGAAGCACCUUUUGAAGUGGAUCAAAGUGCAGAAAUUUCGCAACAAGAAGUUGUCGAAAGCAAGGAGGUUCACAUAUGGUCAGGCUGUAGACACUGAUCAUGCGGAGAUUGAGCUGCAGAGGCUCUUGGAUCUGGGCCUGAUCUUCAAUGCCAAGGAGGCGAGUUGGGUGAAGUUCUUCGACCAGUACGUCGACUACAUCCGCACGUACUCCGACACCAGUCCCACGUUUCGUUUCCCUCAGAAUCCAUCGCUUGGCGUGUGGGUCGCGCGGCAGCGGCAGCUCUACCAUCGCGGGAUGCUGCAGUCUCGUCGGUGGAGGAAGCUUCAGGCCAUUGGGUUCGUGUGGAGCGUCGCCUAUCCCUUAAGGAAAGGUCCGACGAGCCGCGCCAUCGUCGCUCCUCAGCUGUGCAGCAGAGAGGCACAGGCAGGGCUGGCGAAGCGAUGGCUACUCAAGCGAUAG